AUGACUAAUCGAGCAGAGGAUGUAGCCAAUUUCCAACGGAACGGGGCUACAAUUUUGGUGGCUACUCCGGGUCGCCUGGUUGAUAUUGUGCACCAUAUCUCUGAGUUCAACGGUCCUACAUCUAAUCCGUUUAUUCGUGGAUUUCGUAGUCUGGAGGUUCUUAUUUUGGAUGAAGCUGAUCGUCUGUUGGAAAUGGGUUUUGAAAAACAGUGA